AUGGGCAACGCACUCGGCACGAAGAAGACGCUGAGGGAGCAGCUGCGCGAGAACAAGCGCGAGAUCAACCGCGCCGUACGGCAGCUCGACCGAGAGCGCACGAACCUGCAGCUGCAGGAGAAGAAGCUCAUUCUCGAGAUCAAGAAGAUGGCGAAAGAAGGGGCAAAUCGCCAGCGUCAAGAUCAUGGCCAAAGACCUAGUACGCACGCGACAGCACGUGACCAAGUUCUACACGAUGCGGUCCCAGCUGCAGGCGGUUUCGCUGCGACUGGACACGGCGCAGUCAGCUGA